CAGCGGGUCUGGCCGGGGGCGAAAAACCGCAGAACAUCGCCCAGCAGAACUUCCACCAUCUAAACCCUCAGACCCUGCCGGCCCACGGUCGAGUGGUUGCUAAGUGACGCCAGUGCGCAGAAGCCGUGCGCGGCCACGGCGGUGUGCGUGAGAGCGGGCGCGCGCCGCGGCGGUGGCAGUGGCGGCGGCGACGACGACAGCGGCCGAGGGGGCGGUGGCUACGACUGGGGUGCUGAGCAGGCGGAAGAGACAUCUGCGCCGGCGGCUAGGUCUCAGAGGAACUUAGUUGGGAUCAGUGACUAUCAUCUAUACUACAAGAUGAGUAACAGCCACCCUCUUCGACCCUUUACUGCCGUGGGGGAAAUUGAUCAUGUACACAUUUUGUCUGAACAUAUUGGUGCCUUGUUGAUUGGGGAAGAAUAUGGUGACGUCACAUUUGUUGUGGAAAAGAAACGCUUUCCUGCUCACAGGGUAAUUUUAGCAGCCAGGUGCCAGUAUUUUCGAGCAUUACUGUAUGGUGGAAUGCGAGAGUCUCAGCCUGAAGCAGAAAUCCCUCUUCAAGACACUACUGCAGAAGCAUUCACAAUGCUACUUAAGUACAUCUACACUGGGCGAGCAACACUGACAGAUGAGAAGGAGGAGGUGCUGCUGGACUUUUUAAGCCUGGCUCAUAAAUAUGGAUUUCCAGAGCUGGAGGAUUCUACCUCUGAGUAUCUCUGCACCAUACUUAACAUUCAGAAUGUCUGUAUGACUUUUGAUGUUGCCAGUCUCUACUCACUUCCCAAGUUAACUUGUAUGUGCUGCAUGUUUAUGGACAGAAAUGCUCAGGAGGUGCUCUCAAGUGAAGGCUUCCUCUCCCUUUCUAAGACAGCACUUUUAAACAUCGUAUUAAGAGAUUCGUUUGCAGCUCCUGAGAAAGAUAUUUUCCUUGCAUUGUUAGACUGGUGUAAGCACAAUUCAAAGGAGAAUCAUGCUGAAAUCAUGCAGGCUGUGCGUUUACCUCUGAUGAGCCUCACUGAACUCCUGAAUGUUGUGAGGCCUUCAGGACUGUUGUCUCCUGAUGCCAUUCUGGAUGCUAUUAAAGUACGAUCAGAGAGCCGGGAUAUGGACCUUAAUUAUAGAGGCAUGCUCAUACCAGAAGAAAACAUUGCAACUAUGAAGUAUGGAGCCCAGGUUGUAAAAGGGGAGUUGAAGUCUGCAUUAUUAGAUGGUGAUACUCAAAAUUAUGAUUUGGAUCACGGAUUUUCUAGGCACCCAAUUGAUGAUGACUGCCGUUCUGGCAUUGAAAUUAAGUUAGGUCAGCCAUCUAUUAUCAAUCACAUACGGAUACUCCUGUGGGACCGGGAUAGCCGGUCUUAUUCAUACUUCAUUGAAGUGUCUAUGGAUGAACUUGAUUGGAUCAGAGUGAUUGAUCAUUCACAAUAUCUGUGUCGCUCUUGGCAAAAGUUAUAUUUUCCAGCCCGUGUCUGCAGAUAUAUUCGAAUAGUUGGGACUCACAACACAGUGAACAAGAUUUUUCACAUCGUGGCUUUUGAAUGUAUGUUUACAAACAAAACCUUUACUCUCGAGGAGGGGCUGAUAGUUCCCAUGGAGAAUGUUGCAACAAUUGCUGAUUGUGCCAGUGUGAUUGAAGGCGUCAGUCGGAGUCGAAACGCUUUGCUGAAUGGAGACACCAAGAAUUAUGAUUGGGAUUCUGGCUACACGUGUCACCAGCUAGGAAGUGGUGCAAUUGUGGUUCAACUGGCACAACCAUACAUGAUCGGGUCAAUACGGUUAUUACUUUGGGACUGUGAUGAUCGAAGCUAUAGCUACUACAUUGAGGUUUCUACCAACCAGCAGCAGUGGACCAUGGUGGCUGACAGAACUAAAGUCUCCUGCAAGUCCUGGCAAUCGGUGACUUUUCAAAGACAGCCUGCCUCCUUCAUCCGCGUCGUUGGAACACACAACACAGCAAAUGAGGUGUUCCACUGUGUCCACUUUGAGUGUCCGGAGCAGCAGAGCGGCCAGAAGGAGGAAAAUGGCGAGGAAUUAGGGGACCCCACACUGGCCGGUCAGCCGCUCGACCCACGUGCCCUGCAGGCCCCCAGCGGCAGCUCAUUUCCACCCAGCCCAGCGUCCUCCUCGCGCCCCCCAGGCCGGCAGCACCAAUAAAGGAGGCGGCAGAUGUGGAGGGACUUGGGUGGACCCCAUGGCAGCAGGAUGUUGUGUUUUUCUUGAGCAGGGAUCUUUGUUGGCCACCCUCUCCCCCCACUUCCAGAGUGGAGCAGGCCUGGCUGAGAGAAACAGACACAGAACAGGUUUUCUCCCAAGGACAGAAAGGGACUGCUUCGUUCUCCUCCAUUUGUUCAAAUCAGGCUGGUCUCCAGGGGGAGAAAAUGGGUCUUCAGUCUUCAUCAAGUCCACCAUUAACACCCUACCUCUCUAAUCUAACCCAGGCCAAGGGAGCAGAAGGAAGUAAUAGGCCCGCGCUGGAAUACAAAAGUGGCCUGUGAACACUAGCAUGGAAGGAGAUACAUUAGGCCUUUAUUACCAGGAGGCUCCCUUUAGGAAAUGGGUUUCGGUAGAGUGUUUACUUUUAUGGAACAUAUUGCCCUGGCAACUAAAUGAUUUUUUAUUUCUUUUAGUUAUUCUCCAUUUGCUGAAUCAUAGGUGUUCCAGGUCUUUUUGAAAUGCUCAAAUGGCAAAUCACUUGUUUUAAUCCCUUUUGACGCUGUAAUUCUUCCUUCGCUGUGAGCGGUUAAGCAUGGGGUAGAGGGUGGCUGCUAAACGAGACACAGAUGCAGCUCAUCAUGGCACCUGGUCUGACACAGAAACUCCUGUGAGGAAGUUCAGCAAAACACACAAGCAAAUCAGUCUGUGGACACUGGAGUUAAUAAUCACUCGAGUUGCUGAGUUAUUAACCUGUCAUUCUUGAAAUGUAUCCAGAAUGGGCAGGUGCUUUUAAGUUUGGGAGGCUGAUGAGGAAAUCCUUAGGCCACCUGCUAAGUCACUGUUCAGAAGUAGGUGGAUACAGGUGUUUGCAGUUCACUGCCCGGGCACCGCCCUUGUCCACCCCAGGCAGAGCAGGGCCUCCCCCCGCGCAGGUCGCGGGUGCGAAGUGGGCCUUACGGGUCGCUGGGUUUUCUCUCGGACCAUGGUACUUAACUGGGGAUUGAAAAACAUGCAGUUAUAAGAAGCUUUUCUCCUACUCAUCAUCAAAAUGAUCUCAUUUGACUAUUGUAGCUUGAUGUGGCUCUGUUUUUAUCUCCUUAGUAAUUUCCAUUCCGGUAUCAGCUACCCUUUGUAACUUAAUCAGAUUACUGUCUGCAUUUUUUGCUUAUCUCUUGACUUCUCCCACUGCCCUAAUCAGCCUUCCUGAGCCUUCCUGAGCCUUCCUGAGCGGCACAGCAGCUGCUAGUCAUUGUUGCUGGAGUAUCUGCUUGGAGAGAAGUCAUUUCGAGACUCUGCCAGUCAUAUGACCCCACUUAGAGGAGGGGUGUGGGGUUAGGGAGCUCUCUUUCUGGUGUCUUAAAAACAUCAGUUGGGGGUGUUGAAGGAGCCAGUGGGUCAGCUAGCCGUGCUCCACCAGUAUUGAAAUAGGAGGAUAGUAGGGUAGGAGCAGUUUCAUGACAUGGGAAAACAGGUCAGCAGAAGCAGAGGGUCCCCAAGGCAGAGACAUGGAUUGUGCCAGGGGCA